AUGAGUUCGGGCAGGGCUACUACUGCGCAAGAAGUGGCCGAAAAUAGCCAAGUGAAUGAAGAUCAAACACCGGCUGAAAAGGAAUUGAAGGAACAAAUUAAUGAUGUUUAUAGCACACCAACUGCCGAACAUUUUCCUGUUGGAAUCGAAAAUCUCUCAACAACAGUAACACCUAUUACUAGUUCAAAUGAUACCGCUUUAUCAUCCAAAGCUUUAGCAAUACAAGUUGAAGAUUUACCAGUGACUAGCAGUUCUCAGAAAACGCCGUUAGUGCCACCAAGGUAUAAAAAACGUCGCGUCGCAGAACUGAAAUGUGCCGAAGUUAGGUGGUUUCAUCGGAAAAGCGGAACAGAAACAAAAUGGACCCCUUUUAAAGGAGUAGAUUCGUUGUUGUUGGAAGUAUACUGGCGACAGCAAAUGCAGAUUGAUUUGGAUCAGGCUACCGAAUCAUAUGUACGAAUUAUGAAAAUGCCUACGUCGGUGGUAGUAUUAGACGGAUUAUAUCGAGCCUCUGAGGAUCUCACCAUAUUAAAUUCUAUCUAUUGGAAAGAUGACACGAUCGAAAUUCGUCGGGGCACCUGGUUUCUGUCGGAAAAUUUACAACCAAUUGAUCCUAGUAUGGCUGAUCCCAUCGAGACACAUCAUUUACAUAUUUUUCGCUCUCAGACAAUUCCUGAUGCACCAGUUUUCUCAGAAAAAGAGUCGAGUAAAAAACCAAUUCUUGCGGAACUCAAACUACAAGAUCAAUACGAAGUACGAUGGAAUUCCGUUAUCGAUAUUACCUUGUAUAACAAUUCUAAAACAAGUCGAUUGCUGCGUUAUAUAGCUUGGGGUAAAGGAACUGCUCUAAAACGUGGAUAUGAAGAAGCGGAAUGGGAUGAUGGUAAACGAAUCAUCAAACAUUUGAUUUUGGUUGUUCAUGGUAUUGGGCAGAAAGGAUAUGAAAAUCUAAUUGCAAAAAAUACUGACCAAGUUCGUGAAGCCAUAUAUAAUUGCAUGGAUAAGCAUUAUUCGGAUGAGAAAAGUCGUCCAAUGGUUUUACCAGUGGAAUGGCGAGCAGGUUUAAUUUUGGAUGAUGGUAUUACCGAUUAUGUCACUUUGCCAAAGAUGUCUUCAAUGCGUAAUACUUUAAAUUCAACAGCAAUGGAUAUUAUGUAUUAUCAAUCUCCGCUAUAUCGAAAUGAAAUUAUGGAAGGCUUGACACGGUCGCUAAAUAACGUCUACAGUUUGUUUGUAGAAAACUAUCCUGAUUUUAAUGGACCUGUUUCGAUUUAUGCUCACUCACUUGGUUCCGUUUUGUGCUAUGAUUUGCUCACUUGUUGGUCUCCUCUUGUUUUAUACGACAAAUAUGUGGCUGAAAUGAUUGAGCAACAGUUAACGACGAAGGCAGAACAUGCUGGAAUACUGAACGAUUUUCGGGAAGCACGGCUAAAGCUAUUGGAACUUUAUGGUGGAUUUCAGCUGGCAUUCAUAACGCAGAAACAAAAACUUAAAUUUAAGGUUAGGAACAUGUUUUGUGUCGGCUCGCCUCUCGCUGUUUUUUUGAUUAUGAGAGGUUCAACAACAUUUGUUCCUGAAACAGAUAGUCUCAAGAGAAUAUAUAAUAUUUUCCAUCCAUAUGAUCCAGUGGCAUACCGAUUGGAACCGUUGGUACAUAAACAGUAUCGCUUAAUUCGACCUAUAAAAUUGUUCAGUUCGGUUGAUCUACGAUCACUGCGAGAUUAUGCUCUUCUCUUACCGGAAAUCAACAAAGCUUACAUCAAAAAGAUAAAAAUAAAGGAAAAGGUUGAAAAAGAAAAGGAUGCUGGGAUGACAGUUGUUGGUGAUAAAGAUCACGAAGAAAUGGACGAAGAGGAUGAUUUUGAAAGCGAUGAUUCGUCAGCUUUACGGCCUAGCAGUCCAGGUUCGUCACCGCUAAGUUUAACGCCUCCACCAUCAGAAAGUGGUGAUAACAAGAAAAGUUGGUGGAAAUUCGGAAGCAACCGAAAAGAUAAAGAAACUAAUGAGGGAUUUUUUGAGGAAGUUAAAUUAAGUGAAGCCGAGAAAUUGAUAGAAGAAAUUCCUCCAGAAGAAAGAUUGCCGUAUCGUAUGGAUUAUCAAGUGCAGCCGCAAAUUACUGAUCGCAGUUACUGGUCUGUGUUGAAAAGUCAUUUUACUUACUGGGCUAAUCCCGAUAUUGCGGCUUUUCUUGUCAACUGUUUGUAUCGAGAAGAUAAAAAGCAAGAUGAUUAA